CAGCACUCGUCACACGCCUGGUCGUCCACGCACCUGCACACACUCGCCAUGCUCUGUGUCGUCGCCUCCAGAGCGAACAUACUGAUUCUGGGUCUCUAGAUUCAGCACGACGUUACCAAGAUUUCGUGCAUCCUUUCUGUUACUUUGUUAAUCGGCAUGCCACUACCGUCUCCGUCUAGGUCAGAUUCAAUCUUGGAGCUCGUCAACCCAAAGCCUCGCUCGCGGCGCCACUCGAAUUUUAGAGUCCAACACAUUUCCUAUCACCAACGUCUCAAUAGGCAGUUUCUAUGAGAGAGGUCGUUACCUAUGGCAGUCUGCUAGUUGAGUUGCUAGAAUAGCCUGCCGCAACUAUGGCGUUCCUGAUACCUUCGUACAUACAAAAACGACUGCUACGCUAUGCAUUGUCACACUUUCCGGUCGUUGACACUGAUACCUUGGAUUUGGAGCAGCUGGACAUAGCCUGGGGCAAGCGGAGCUCUGUCGAGCUUAGAGACGUCGGUCUCCACGUAAAAAAACUAUCGCAUAUGAUCCAUCUACCGAAUGAACUAGAGCCUACUGUAGCGCGCAUAGUUUCCCUCCGCAUUACAGUUCCAGCCGACAUCUACAGUAGCGGCAUCGUCGUUGACGUGCAAGGAAUAGAUGUUCGCGUCAAGAUCGAUCGACCCAAAUCUGCCGCCGCUAUUCCGAGGAACGCUAAACCAGGUAAAGGUUUACGUGCACAAGUGACUACUGCCAAUGAGGAGCAAGACGAUCACCUACCAUCGGCACAAGAGCUCGCUGAAUCGUUUCUUCAUGAUGAGCCAGCAUCUGAAAUAGAGCAGCUAGAGGAGGCCAUACAGAGUGCUGGACUUUUGCAGACCGAAGAUGAGGAUGCUGCAAGCGAGACGAGUGACGAAGAUAACACAGGCACGGGAGUUGGGCUGACUGUACCGGCUUUCUUGGCCAACUUUCUCAAAGGCGUCAUAGAUCGGCUGCAAAUGUCCAUUUCUAACGUCAACUUCAUCCUUGAGACAGAGUCGUAUUCCGAAAAUGGACUGUCCUCUGAAAACUCAUCCGUCUCUCUGCAAUUUGGAGUGUCUUCAGUUGCAAUAGAUGGAUUCACUCACAAAGAAACGGCUGACGGAGACGAGGAAGGUGCAGAAGAUUACCGGAAUCGGCGACGUGUUCGGCUGGCUGGAAUAUAUGGUGACUUGAUCACGGAAGAUUUCGUUUUCAAGAAAUUGGAAAGAGUUUCAACAUCGAAUUCCUUGCAUCCGGCAUCAUCCCGUGGUGCUUCACCUCGGUUGCUGGAGAGUUCUGACCAGUUUUCACCGCAAACAGAUUUACUUAGCGCAACACAUAACUCACAACGGCCACAAACAGCAUCAUCGGAAUCACCCCGUAUGACGCAGAGCAGAAUCGAUGAAAUGCUUUCAGCGUCGCGUAUGCCAACGACUUCUGCGUCGCAAAUGGAGUGCUCGUAUCAUAGCCAGGAUAGAUUCGCAGACGCAAGUGACGAUGGACACAGUGAGGUGAAUGACAAGAUGCAUUACUCUCAAAACCAUCCUGAGUCAUCACUUGCAGCCUCUCAGAUUGCACAAGCUGAACUUGAAGGUGACAUACAAGAGGAGCUACCAUUCGCCAUGGAGGAUGCAAGAUUCUCUCAUUGCUACGAUAGUCAAGAGCUGGACCCGUUUUCGGCGCUCACGAGUAGCCUUGAUCAGCAUGCAUCGCCCUUAAUGAGAAAUUCACGGCUAUCGAGAAUUACGGCUGCAACAGCCCCUAUAACACCUCGCAGAACAAGUGAUAGCUUUCAAGUCGACCGCAAACAUCCUAUUUACAGAUCGCAACCAGAGCUCCAGUGGCCACGCGAGCGCGCGGACAAGGUGUCAUCUUCAACUUCUCGGAAUCAUCAAUCAAAUGAACCUUCCUUUCAAGAGAGGCUUCCUUCACCCCACGCCUCAUCUCCAGCUAGUGACAGCUCAGGAAGUCCUUCCGAAGGAGCAGAUGCCUAUCUCUCUCAAUCAAUGCUCUACAGUCACGAAGAUGCGCAGAGCAUGUAUAUGAGCGCGCUCGGCGACGUGAAGAGCGAACACUAUGACAUGCCUGGCGGAUGGGGACAAAAUUCCUCAAGCAAGGGCUCAACCGGCUCUGAACUCCGUGACGCACAUACGCGAGCAACGAACGACCCCGCAGCAGAAGCGACCGAUAUAGAGACACCUCGUCCGGGUAGUCCUUCCAACGCAUCAUCGUCCACCGAUAGCGGACGUCGAAGAUCUAAGCCGAGGUCUGAAAAUUAUGAGCCGCUGUCAAAUCAUGGCCACGAUUCGAGUUCGGAGCCAAAGGUCAAUACCGCAUCGAAACGAAUUUUCAGUAUUGAUGAGAUAGACUUAUUCUUGCCCUGGUCUAUCCUAACAGAAGAGCCAAAAGAGGUUGCAGCAAACGAACCCUCCGUUGCGAGCAGCCGGCCUCAAUCAAAACAUGUUCGUCCGAUGCCCGGAGCUUUCUCACAAUACCAGUCUGUAUUUCAAGAAACAUUCAAGGCCGGGUCUAAGAACACCAUGCAAACACGGUUCAAUGUUACGGGUCAAAUUGAGGACAGCAUCUUGUCUGCACCUGCCGAGUCGGUGCUCGAGCCCUCUCCUGACCCUGAGAUCUUGGUACGAGUUGGGACGACUAAGUUCAGUCUCGAUACGGCAUCAACUCGGCUUGUAUAUCGCUUUGCCGAGUCCGUGCUCGAUGUUUUGUCUUCUCAAUCUGAGCCUGAAUACCUAAGGAAGCAGGAAAACGCCGGGUCUGUUCUUUUACCUGCUUGUCGACUCACGCUACAACAUUUCACCUUAUGCUUCAUGGAGAAUCUUCCUACGCUUUCUUGUCGAUCAAUACGUGGCAUUACUCGUUCAUCUUCAGAACUUGUAGAUCCACUUUUCCAGAUCGAUGCCGAGAAUGUCACAAUGACCAACAUUAGCAUGAAUCAAGGAAUGAAAAUAAAUUUGGAAUUCCAUUCUUUCCGAUUCGGCUACCCUGGCGAUCCUAUUCUCUCCUUUGGCCACUCACCAAGGCUGCAAGCUGCCUCGAAGUCCAAAACUUCCCGUAUGGAGCCUGAUGUAAAAAUAAUCUUCAAGUCAAAACCAGGUCGGGGUCCUGAACUUGAGAUCUUGACUGCUCCUGUUCUUUUAGCACUGAAUCUGCAAAAGCUCGACGACAGACUGCUCAUGUUUGGUGGUGUCAGUGGAAUUCUUGAUUUGAGUAGUUCUAUUGCUUCGAAUAGUACAGUACUUGCGCCAGCCAUGAAUGCAACGAGGACGGGAAACAUCCGCUUUGGUGAUGAACCAAGGAUUGAGGCCCCCCCGUCUUUGUCUCCAAUCAAGGUAAACGCCCGUUUCUACGGCACCAAGUUGAUUUUUGAAGGAAAAUCUUGCGCUGUCAGUUUUGAUACUGGGACUUUGGCUAUCGCUAUCAGGGAGGACACUGCCCGGGUCAAAAUCGAACACAUCCAACUACGAGCUCCCUAUGACAGUCGAAAUCCUGCAUCGAGUACCUUCACGGCGGAUAUUCUGAAGAGCGAUAUUCGAUUCCUUAUUAGUGGAAUUGAGGAAGAUUUUGAAAGUCUUGUGUCACUAAUUGAGCCAUCAGGCGAUCGCUACGGUGACGAUGAUGGCUUUCUGCUCGACAUGCUGAAGAGACAAAGAAAAAAUGGCUCUGUACUUCGUGUUGACAUUGCUGACAUUCAGGCAAAUGUUGCACGGCUUGAACACACCGAUAAAUUAAAGCAGCUUGCUAAUGAAGUCGAAAGACUGACAACCGGAGUCACAAAGUAUUUGCCUGAGGAUGAUCGACCCGGCAUUCUGAUCCUGCCAAGGAUUGCUACGUUUCAAAUUCAUGCUCAUGUUGACAACAGUCUUGGCAAGUUCGAAUUCUCAUGCGAGGACAUGCAUGCAGCUUAUGUCGGUACGCCGCUUUUGCUAGGCUUUAAGAUUGGCGCUGUAACCGCGAGUAGAGAGGGUGAAGUCUUACUCGACCCACUUCUACAACUUGACGCAAAAAAGCCAACCCCUUCCAUUAUGGGACGCUUCAUCGGUAAUGUACCAGAUUCAAGAGUCAAGUUGAAGUUCUUCAACCUUCUGGUUGAGUAUAAGGUUCCAACAAUUUUAGCCAUUCUUGGCGUAUCAAAGGCGGACACAGUUGAGGAUUUGGCCAUUAGUCUAGCUGCCUCGAUUGCGACCCUCAAGCUUGAUUCUUCUACUUCCGAAGUUACUUCUCCAACGCAAAAGCGAGGAAAGAAAGGAAAAACACAGGCAAUAUGCGCUGAUGUAUUCGUACGCGAUUGCGCUGUUGGUCUCAACCCCACAAAUUCCAAUGCUAAAUGUUUGUUCCUGCUCAGCCAGGCCCAGAUAUGCGCGGAUGAGACUGCGAAAGAUAGCUUUAGGAUUGAUGUGGAUGUUAAGCGAGCUUCUCUGCUCUUGAUCGAUAACGUGGAAGCUCUGAAUUACGACUUCACUCCAGCAACAAGAUCAUAUGACUCUGACAACCUCAGUCCCGCUAUUGAUGAUCUGACUCGUCAAGGUUUUCAGCCUGUGGCCUCAAUUUGGUCCUCACAGACUUCAGUCACAAUAUUUACAUAUAACAAUGGGGAAACAAUGAUCAACGUUGACACGAAUAACAAGCUUUUCACGCUUGAAACGUGCGCUGACUCUCAGCAGACGUUAAUUGCUGUCUUAGGAGGUCUUGCGCCACCCUUACCGAAAACGAAGGAACAAAUGUACCGCACCCAUGUCGUACCAAUCGAAAAUAUGAUGGCCUCGUUUACAGGUGAGCCAUUUGUGCAGAGCGAAACAGACGCAGAAACCGGGCCAGCUGAGGAGGGAUUAAACAUGGAAGAAGCCGACCAAAUUCUUGAAGACAUUCCGAGCAAUAUGGACUUUGUGGGAAGUUUUUAUGAUCCGGAUGAUGAGGCUGGCACAUACAGCCCCUCCGUGCUUGGUUCCGUCAAUCGCCUGUCUUCACGUCUUCUUCCCACUUCCAAAACCGAUGUGAUAUCCUUUACCGACAAUAUUGAGGAGAAAUUUGAGCUCUGUCCCGAAAACAUUCGCAUUGAUCCGUCUGAAAAUUAUCUUGAGAUUUUCAAGUUCAAGACUCCUGUCAGGAGAUGGAACUCGAAAACGGCAAAGCUGGAGCCAAUUUAUGAAGUCGAGACUAAGAGCUGGCCAAUCAAAAUUUCAGCCAAGUUCGAGCAGAUAACAUGGAAUCUAUAUGACGGUUAUGAUUGGGCUGCUACUCGAGAGAAGAUUGCACAGGCUGUUGAGAAAAUAGAAGCCCAAGUGGAGCAACGACGACGAGCUCGAAGGCCAAGUACCAGAGAAGACGACGAUGCUGAGUCUGAAAUUGCGGAUAUGCUAUUUCAGUCUAUUUGGAUUGCUGUGCCCCCUAAUGCUGACGAGCGAGACUUGCGGCGCGGUAUUAAUCGACAAAUAGCCGACGAUUACACAGAAACCGGAUCCAUAAGAACAGAAUCAGCGGAUACUAGGACUACAAGCAGUCGGCCCGUUCACAAACGUCGCAAGAGCAGGACGCUGCAUCUCGAGCGAAGUAGACGAAAGAUCAGCUUCGAUCUUCAAAAAGUGGUGGCCGACUUACUCGUGCUCCCAUCCUGUUCAGAGGAGACCCAGAACUCCCUUGCCCUACGCGUAGGCGAAUUUGAGAUCUACGACCACGUACCUUCGUCGACUUGGAAGAAGUUUUUGACGUAUCUGCAUGAUAUUGGGGAGAGACAAAUGGGCAAACCAAUGAUUCGUCUGGAUGUGGUGACUGUAAAACCUGUCGCGGACCUGGCUGCCACGGAGAUGAUUAUCAAAGCUAAUCUCCUUGCAUUACGUCUUCAUGUUGACCAAGACGCGCUCGAUUUCAUGACGCGCUUCUUUGAGUUCAGAGAUGAUAAAAUUCAGCCUUCCUCAAGCGCAUCAGGGCCAUACAUUGCACGAAUCGAAGUCAACACAAUCCCUGUCAAGCUUGACUAUAAGCCCAAGAAGGUCGACUACGCAGGUCUCAGGUCAGGAUCUACUUCUGAAUUUGCGAAUUUCAUCAUUCUCGAGCGUGCUGAGUUUCAACUUAAGAGGCUGAUUUUGUAUGGCGUACAAAGCCCUGACUUGCUGCAACCCAAGCUGAAGAGCAUUUGGACUGCCGAUGUCAUCAACAACCAGCUGCCUACCGUGCUUGCUGGUCUUUCUGGUAUCCGCCCACUUGUUGAUGUUGGAGCUGGGAUCCGAGAUCUCGUUGUCGUACCGAUGCGCGAAUACCGGAAAGACGGCCGCGUUGUUCGAAGUAUUCAGAAAGGCGCCGUGGCUUUUGCAAAGACAACGACAAGCGAACUUGCCAGAUUAGGCGCAAAGGUCGCUAUUGGUACACAGACCGUGUUAGAAGGGGCGGAAGGCCUACUAUCACCCGCUUCUGACAAGAACAACUACAAUCGCUCCAGUGAUGAUUGGGACACAGAUGAGUUUGCGCGCUCAUCCGCACGGGAAGAACCUCGUGCUAUAUCAAAUUAUGCAGAUCAGCCCUUGAACGUUGUCACUGGCCUCCGCGACGCAUGGCAAGGUCUCGAGCGAGAUUUGGCUACCGCGAAAAAUGCCAUCAUCGCCAUUGGUGGUGAUGUUAGAGAGUCUGGCUCUGCGCUCGGUGCUGUGGGUGCUGUGGCAAGAAUGGCACCUACGGUGAUUUUACGGCCGGCCAUUGGAGCUACGAGAGGUGUUGGUAUGGCACUACUUGGUGCAGGGAACAUGUUGGAUAAGGACAGCCGUAGAAAGAUCGAAGACAAAUACAAACGCUACUGAGAUGUAUAUUCAAAGUCGAGGUGUUGACUGAUAUUCAGUACUCACGAGCUUAAAUUUCGCGCAUAUUGCAGAUGGGCAUGAAUAGACUGGUUCAAUUGCAUAGCGUUGGCGUCUUCGUAUGAUUAUGUCAAGUGUUUGCCAAGCAAGAAUGAAAGGAACGAGUAGCAUCGUAUGGCGUUGCUAGGAGACAUGACAUCAGAUCGGACAGCAUUUACACGUUUUGUAAGCAGAAUCCGCAAACAAAUAUACCCUCACAGCGCACCCUUAGAUCGAAGUCUUAAUUUUCUUAGUCAAGCUACUCAAACUACUCGUCCUAAUCUUGACUUCUCAUUCAAAGUUGCCUGUCUAAUCAAGUUCCAGUAUUUCGUAGCCGAAAUACGGGGCGAUUUUUCUUUGGUCGCGUUGGCUGAGAUCCAUGUUAACUCAAGUUAACUAGCUAGAAUAACUGGGAAAGUUUCUAAAACGACACUCUGAAAGGAUGUGUUUAUUAAUCAAGCCAAAUUCGAAGUUUUUUUUCCCUCUUCCGUGUACAGGCAUACAAAGACUGAGCUCUGUGGGGCAUCUUAAAACUAAUAACAACUAGGAUCCUGAUUUAUAACUUCCUUUAAUAGAAUCUGAUACUAUAUUUAAU